CCUCUUCUCUCUCUCUGCGCACGGUGCGUCCCGUGAUCAUAAGAAAUGGAGAGCACGAUGGAAAAAUGACCGAACAUUAUAGCAUGCUUCUGCCAGAGCUUCUUGCGAGAUGUUUCUUCGGAAGCUCCGGACACCUCAAUUCCUAAGAGUUUGCUGUCCGAAGAUUGUUGGCGCACUUGCUUCCGAGCAGGACGUCAAUCUGGAUUUACAACGAGCUCUUGAUGCGGGAAAGCUGGAAACACGCGUGAAAUUAAAUAAUUAAACCGGAUCCUGCAACUCCCUCGUGACCAUCUUCUCUCUCUGAACUAGAUUUUGUCACUCGACUCCACUCCACUCCACUUCCCCCUGCUCCUCCUCGUACUCCUAUCGAGGCCAGGAUGCAAAUUCUGCUCUUCUGCAACUCAUGAUCCGCGACCACACACACGCUCGCAAAGGCACGACGAAACUGACGCUCUGAAAUUCGUUCGUUCUAAUAACGAGCGGUCCGGAGCAUGUAUCGGAGUCUCGGGCACUCAUGGAAGUGGAGAGAAGUUCUAGUAUUGGAGAUUUCGGCUGAUAUCGGCUGCACGUUCCCCCGGAUAGAGGAAGCGGAGACGGGGAGGAGGCCCGAGGGGUUCAAGGCAACGAUGUGGCGAGGAAUGGACGAGGGAGAGAUUUGGAGGAGGUCAGUGCGUCGUCAGUGAGUCGAGAGAGCGAGAGCUCGGAGAAGGAGGCGGCGGCAGAUCCGGAGGAGUAUCGGCGACGAGCAGGAGCAGGAGCAGGAGCAGGAACAGGAAGAGGGUUCUGAAGAGGAGGGAGCAGGAUCAGGACUGGAGACAAAGAGCGAGAGUUUCGGGAGUCGCCAAUUGCUCUCUCCCGUCCCGGAGAUCCAAAGCUUUACGAGGCUUGCGCUUUUCGUGCGUGGCCGGAGGCAGAUCCAUCUCCUUCUCCGGCGCAGCUUCGAUUCAACUCGUUGACAAUUGGAAGCUGCUCGUGCUGCUGCUGCUGUCGCGAGCGAGCGAACCAGGGACGACGACUCGGAAGAUCACCACCGAUGCGCCGCAAGGAUUUUCCCUCGCUCCGACAUUGCGUGCGUGCACGGAAUGUCCGUGAAGGGCUGAGAAUUGAUGUAGGGUUUUAGGACGGACGGAACGAGGGCACGACCGAGCCAGCGCGAGAACGCUGAUCGUCGUCUUCGCCUGCGCCACACCUGUUGGAGGAUGGGCGCGCUGUGCGCGCAUUUCUGGCUUUGACGAGAGGCUCCCGCGGGCCUGGUGUGCUCGGAUGAGCCAUGGAUGGUCUCUGCAAGCGACGACGUUGACAAGCUGUUCAUGCUCCGGUGUUUCUUCCUGCCACGGUUUAUGGUCGAGUUUUCUGUGUGCGGGAUCGGGUGAUUGAGGCAUGCGAUCCGCGCAGUUUUGCUCGUGACGAUGGCAAGCGGUGUCAGUGUUCAUCCAUCGAUUCUGCACAAGAAAAUAGCACUUUGGCGGUUUAACUCUUCGCUGUAUCUUGCAAGCGUGGCCUAUGUGGUGUCAAGCUUAAGCGUUGCACUUCAUUUUUUUCUUCUGGAACUUUUUGCAUCCUAUUGGUCCUUGCAGUGGCACAAACCUGGAUGCCGCUCUACGCUUCUGUACAUAUGAGCUCAAUGGCGUUCCCAGAUUGAGAUGCAGUCCAGGGAUGAAAGGAAGACCUCAUUUUGCUCUGAAAGGAUGAAGUUAUGUCAAAGACACCUCUCUAAGGUGUAUGGCCGAUCCAAAACAAUAUUUCUCAAAGCUCGCGGUGAGAAAGAAAGCUCUUCUGUGUAUCCGUCUAGUUCCUGCUUUAUCAACCCUCAUGCGGAAGCCGAGAACACUCCUCAUUCGGGAAAUUCUUCAGCGCGGAGCUCAUCGAAGUUUUUGGACAGGACAAAGGUUUCGCCGUACCUGUCGGCUGUGUCGGGGCUGUUUGAUGGACCUACACUCCUCAGGAAGUUACGGUUUCGGAAUUUUCAGAGCUCCGUAGCAAAGACUUCGCCUGUUUCACCGAGGGCGAGGUGCCCAAAGUAUUGCAAUGAUGGCAAACAUGAUUCCUCAGGCUCGGUGCCUGUGUUUUUCGAACACGUUCCUGAGAACCAGUCCGUUUCUCAUUCAGCUCCUUCAUGGGCUUCUUCACGCGAGGCUCUCAGACAGCCGUCUGCCACGGCCAACGCACCUAGGGAGGAUUGUUCAACUGGAGCAGAGCCUCAGGAUCAGCUUAAGGGUAUGGCAAUGGAGCCAGUUAUUUGUGAUGGAUGCCGCUCAGGUGCAGCCACGGAGCUCAAUGGAGGAGGAGUGCGACAGCCGGAGAUGAAGCCGGGUCUUUUUGCAGCUAGACACAGUACCAUUCCAGAGAUGAGUUCCUACCCCUCCUCCACCAGGCAAGAAGAGGGCAGCAAUGGCCACCCGAGUGCCAACGCCAUGGUGCCUAAGCACCACAAGGUUGACGACCCUCGUAAGUGGGGACAACCAGACCUUGGCUCGGAGCCCAGGGCAGUGGUCACCACCGUUGCGCCUGGAUCAAAGCUUCAAACAUCUCGGCCAUCGAGGUCGGGAUCAACCUGCACCCAAAUGUUGAGGGUUGACGGCAUCGACUUCAGGAAUUGUUUCUCUGCAGCAGAUGUUUCUCGCAAGCCAGAGAGGUCAUUAGAGCCCAGAGCAGGUAGGUGCAACAGAAACCAUUCUUCAGGUCUUGAUGACAUCGGAGAAGCAACUAGGUCGAGUUUCUCCCCAUGCCCUGGGGCAGCGUCUUGUGUUCCCGACCUGACACCCAUACGGACAAGAGAACCUCUCGGUAAGCAUAGCACAAAUGAAAACAUGAGCCUUUCGAACGUCUUAGCCUCGAAGCCUCGUCUGAAGCACUGUAAUCAAGCAUCUGUACGGGGCGGGGAUGCCCGGUGUGAAGGUAGCCUGAUACAGAGUACUUUAGCAAGUCGCGUCAGCGACUGUUUUAUGGCACCUUCACGUCCCAUGCAUGUCUCUGAGAACACGAUUCCUGCAAAGGAUGCCCUCAGUAUCGAACUUAGAUCUGGAGGCGCACUCAGCGCCUCUGUGGCCGACAAUGUUUUGUCACACCGAGGGCUCCAGGUUCCGGAAGCAGUCAGUAUACAGUCCCAUCUUGCUAGGACGACGAAGGCCAACAUCCGGAAGCUGGAAAAAAGCUCGAGUCGUCUUUGGAAGCACGGCAGCAUGGCAUUGUGUACAGAGAACCCGGUCAGAGACUACACAACAGGUGCUAGUUCUCCGACGUUUAGAAUCAAAAGCAGGGAGAAAGUCAAUUGGUCAACAUCAGACAGUCGAAAGGUGGUGAACCUCGUGUGUCAGACUCUGAGACAGCACAGGUGGGGGCCUGUCACCAUGGAAACGUUGGACGGCCUUAAGGGGAAACUGAACUCUUAUUGCGUCACCGCUGUGAUACAGCAGAUCUCGGACCCUUCGUUGGCUCUCAAAUUUUUCAACUGGGCCAAACAACGACAAGGCUUCAAGCACACUGUAUUUACAUACACGUCUAUGAUAAGUCUUCUUGGACGUGCACGAAAUCUCCAAGGAGUGAGGACUCUUUUAGAAGAAAUGCACGAGGACGGCUGCGAACCGACCAGUGUCACGUACAAUACUCUGAUUCUUAUCUACGGUAAGUUGAAAUCUUUAAGCGAAUCGUUGCGAGUAUUCCGAAUCAUGAAGGAAGCCGGGUGCAAGCCUGACAACGUGACUUAUUCUAUUCUGAUUCAUCUUUGUGUCAAGUCCGGGUUCAUCCCGGAGGCCUUGAAACUGUAUCGAGCCAUGUUGGAAGCGGGAAUCAAACCGGACACUAUAACAUAUAGCAUAGUCAUUAACUCGCUUGGCAAGUCGGGAGAUUUGAGCCAGGCACGCAAGCUAUUUCGGGAGAUGAAGGAAAUGGGCUGUGUACCCAACGAGUUCACCUACAACAGUAUGAUCGAUAGCCAUGCGAAAUCUAGACAGACCGAGUACGCAUUGAAAUAUUAUCAAGAAAUGCGCGACAACGGGUUCCUUCUCAACUCGGUGAUCUGCACCACCGUGAUGAGCGUGUUGGCCACUCUGGGCCAGUUCACCGAAGCCGAGGCCCUGUUCAGAGAAAUGGAGCAGACGGGCAUCGUCGGAGACACGGCUGCAUACAGUCUGAUGAUCAACAUGUGGGGCCAGGCCGGGAACUUGGACAAGGCUGUAAGUUGGUACGGUAUUAUGCUCGGCAAUAUGGUCACUCCGAGCUUAUCUGUGUUUACGUCCCUGGUCAAUGCACAUCUCGAGUUGCACUUGUACGAAGGUGCCCAGCACUUCCUGACAAGCAUGUCGAUGUGGGGCAUCAGUCCGGACCUCAAAGUGUACACUUCCCUCUUGAGACAUUGCACAGGGUGCGAUAGGCAAGAUCAUGUAGAUGCCGUGCUGGGUUUGAUGGAUCGCUUAGGACACCCGGCCCAUAAGUUCGUGUUUGAAUUGCUCACUUCCAAGGACCAGGAUAGGAGGAAUACGAGAACUAGGUUCGAGACGUUUUUUGACUCGGUGCAGCAUGAGGACCAAGACAGUAGACAGGCCUUCGCCAACGCCUUAAUAGAGUUUCUUUACAAGCUUCAAUGCAAGGUAGAUCCGGGAUUUGUAUGGGAGCUAGCGGUGGAGAAAGGUCUUUUCCCGAAUUCCAUCAUCAGGCGGGGAGCCCCCAAUCAUUGGUUGAUCGAUCUCCACUCCAUGUCGGUCGGAACUGCUCUGGUUGCGCUGCCCAAACUGCUCACGAGCCUGCGAGACAACUGGGUCCAAAGGCCGACCAGAAGAGUGUAUAUUGUGACCGGAUGGGGCAAGCGCAGCAAAGUGACAGGGUCAUCCGCCAUGAAGCAGUCCGUGAAUGCGGUGCUGCAGGCUGCCAAGUCGCCCUUCUCGGCCGACCAUACAAAUGCAGGAGUGUUUGUGUGCUAUGGAGUUCCUUUCUGUAGUUGGAUAGCCGACCCUUCGGUCAGAAGAAAAUUAGGACUCGACGUUGCGGCCUAGGACAUAGAUGCCAGCUUGUAUCUAUCUCGCCCAUUUUUACCCGUGUAGGUCCUCGACUCGAUCUGCGGUUAGGCCCAUUUGAUUUCGUUACCUGAGGCUCUACGAGAGGAGUUUAGUUGCUUCAUUCUUUGACUAUCGUCUAAAUGAUGAUUUGAUCAUUAGUAGCAAUCAGCAGUUCCGCUCUGGUUGCAGGUGUUGAGUAAUAAUCCAAGCAGCACGGGAGCAGCUUCCCGUUCAGUGCUCGGAAAUGCAUGUUUUCAGCGAAGCUGAUGGAAGUCCUUACAUGUAAAGCCAUUCAUGAUCCAAGACCCCCACCAUUUACGUCGUGGGCUGGUUUUGACGACGUCGUCCCUGUAAUAUGAAAGUCUCG